AUGGUUGAGGCUGCUGAAGAGGCAGGACGCAGGUUGGAAAUGCAGCCAGGCACACAGGCUCCGUACUCUCUGGAGAGAGGCUCCUUCCCUCACUUCUAUCCCCCUGUUCAUGCCAGCCCCACAUCUGCAAGCCCAUCGUCAAGCCUUCCCACGGGGAACUCCAUGGACAGGCCCCACAACUACCUCGAGGCCCCUGUGAACCCGUCCCGGGCGCUGCCGUCCCCCAUGAACGCCAUCGGGUCCGCGGUGAACGCGCUGGGCUUGCCGUACCGCGUCAUCGCCUCCUCCAUCGCCUCACACCCCGUCACUCUCUCCUCAGCACUGGACGUGAAUUUUGUGACGCACGCCAGUCCGCAGCUCAAUGUCCUGAACAAUGUAAGCAGCUUGGAGGAUGUCAAGCCCUUGCCAGGUCUCCCAGGGAUCGGGAACACGAAUUAUCCAUCUACAAGCUCAGGAUCCUUAGCCAAACACAUCUGUGCCAUCUGUGGGGACAGAUCCUCAGGGAAGCACUAUGGGGUGUACAGCUGUGAGGGCUGCAAAGGCUUCUUCAAGAGGACGAUCCGGAAGGACCUGAUCUACACGUGCCGUGACAACAAGGACUGCCUCAUAGACAAGCGCCAGCGCAACCGCUGCCAGUACUGCCGCUAUCAGAAGUGCCUCAUCAUGGGCAUGAAGAGGGAAGCCGUGCAGGAGGAGAGGCAGAGGAGCAGGAAGUGGAGCGAGACUGAGGCUGAGCCCAACAGCAACGGCAGCGAGGACAUGCCCGUGGAGAGGAUCCUGGAGGCUGAGCUGGCAGUGGAGCCCAAGACAGAGGCAUAUGGGGACUUGAACAUAGAGAGCUCAACAAGUGACCCUGUCACCAACAUCUGCCAUGCAGCUGACAAGCAGCUCUUCACACUUGUCGAGUGGGCCAAGCGAAUCCCUCACUUCUCUGACCUGACAAUGGAAGACCAAGUCAUUCUCCUCCGCGAAGGCUGGAAUGAGCUGCUCAUUGCCUCCUCCUCCCAUCGCUCCAUGUCAGUGCAAGACCACAUCCUUCUGGCCACGGGCCUGCACGUGCACCGCAGCAGUGCUCACAGUGCUGGCGUGGGCUCCCUCUUUGACAAGAUUUUGACAGAGAUGGUGUCCAAAAUGAAAGAUAUGCAGAUGGAUAAGUCGGAGCUGGGAUGCCUGCGAGCCAUUGUGCUGUUCAACCCAGAGGCCAAGGGUUUGUCCAGCCCCUCAGAAGUAGAGUCACUGAGGGAGAAAGUCUACGCCACACUGGAAGCCUACACGAAACAGAAAUACCCGGAGCAGCCCGAGCGGUUUGCCAAACUCCUCCUGCGCCUGCCGGUGCUGCGGUCCAUCGGGCUGAAGUGCCUGGAGCACCACUUCUUCUUUAAGCUGAUUGGGGACACCACCAUCGACACCUUCCUCAUGGAGAUGCUGGAGACACCCCUGCAGGGCACUUGAGGGUCUGGCCCCUCUGUGGCCAGACAGAUCCUUAGUCCCCUGUGCCCCUA